AUGGCAACAUCAUUUCGAAAAUGUGAAAUUGAUGAAUGUAAAAGAAAUAUAGCUGCCCUCUGCCGUCAUUGUAACAAAGAUGUAUGCAAUAAACAUUUCAAUGAACAUUCGGAAGCACUCAGAACAGAAAUUUAUCCGAUAACUGAUCAGAUAAAUGAGUUGGCAAACAGAAUCCAUGACUUAAAUCAUGCUUCUAUAACUGAACAAUCUUAUGAUAUAUUAUCCAAAUGGAAAGAUGAGUGUCAUAAAUUAAUCAAUCAAGUGCACGAUAUGAGGAGGCAAGAAAUUGAUAGUUUUGUAGAGAGAAAUUUUGUUAAACAAAAAAAUGAGCAAGUUAAAGCGAUUAAUAACCUCAAAGAAGAAAUAAAACUAAUUAUUCGUGAAGAUGACAUUACCCAAGAUCAAAUCGAUCAAGUAAAACAGACUUUACGAAGUAUUCAAAAUACUUUUGAAGAAUUUAAACAAAAUUCUAUUCAUAUCAAAACGAAAUCAUUAAAAAUCGACAGAGAUUGUAUUCUUAUUGGCACAAGCACAAAUACGAUCGUUGCAGAAAAGUUACCCAUCUCAAAGAACUUAAGUUCUAUAUUUAUUGGAAGCUCGCUGUUAUCUCGAAAACAACAACUAACGCUAAACGAAUUCUAUGGUAAUGUAAAUCAAAAGUGGCAAUUAAUUUAUCAAGCAACAAGAGAUGGUUUUAAUCCAGAUACAUUUCAUCGUCUUUGUGAUAAUAUUAGUCCAACCAUGACCAUUUAUCAAUCUAACAAUGGAGGAUAUCUGUUUGGAGGUUAUACAAAAGCAAUUUGGAAUAUCCAUCCAUCAAUGCUACGAGAAGAUUCAACAGCGUUUUUGUUUACACUAACAAAUCCACAUAAAAUUCCACCAACAAAGUAUAAGAUUAAAGAUCAAGGAUGUGCUUCAUAUAUGGCACAUAAUUAUGGUCCUACAUUUGGUGGCGGAAUUGUCAAAGGCAGUGAUAUAUUUAUUCUCAUGAAUGAAACUUGUAGCCACACUGGUGAAGCUUUGCUAAAUGAAUUUGAAAAAAUAAUUUCAUCAGAUUAUAAUAUUGAAAACAAACUGGUACAACUGGUAACCGAUAAGGCUGCUAAUAAUGUCAAAGCAUUUAAAUAUUUGAUAGUUCCUGGUUUUGAGCAUUAUUUUGAAGGUGAUGAAGAUGAUGAUGAUGAUUCGGAAACAGAUGAAAAUAAUUUAAAUGAUAAUACUGAAAAUAUAUUUAACACAUUGGCCCAUGAUAAUUCUGUUAAUUUAUUACGUAUUCCGUGCUUUAGUCAUAAUUUACAACUUUUAGUGGCUGACGGUUUCAAAGAAUCGAGCUGUUUCUUCGUUGGUUAA